GCAGUAAUUAUAUACAUAUAAUGCAGAAGUAAGCAACUAAAAAGUAUUGGUAGUGUAGUAAUAGAUUUACCAUUCCAUACGCAUUUGAUAUUUAAUUGUGGUGUCGCUUGCCUAUGUGUCGAACGAGACAGAAGCAAGGAAUAUGGAGGAUUGAUAUGUACUAAUUUAGGCAGACAAAGCAAACAUAUGCUUGAUUGUCGUAGAUUUGCAUUAUGGAGAACUUCGACAGGCCAAAGCGCACCACUCAUGCCUGUGCACGUGUAUCACUGAGCAAGAAAACAAAGAUAGACGAAGAUAGCCCUGAUGCAUCACGGGUACCAGAGAACAGUUUAGAAGUAGACAGCCAACUAAUUUGCGACCAGACGGAUUUUAAUAUUAUAGUGAUAGAAAACAAAUCGACAGAUGAGAGUUCUGGUAAGGGCCAUGGGGUGCCACAGAGUACAGCACGGACCCAGUCACGCCAACAGGCGGACCAAUUACAUGAGGGAUUAGUAGGGUCGCGUAGUAUAAGACACACAGAUGCAUCUCAACAACGAGAUGGGGGUAUGCCACAAUCAGCACGAAAGAAGGGCAGGCCCAAGGGCGCUAAAAAUAAGGAGAAAGGGAGAGCGCUAAAAGAUGCAACAUCUAUAGAAGUGGGGACAGGAAUGGGUGUAGAAGAUAGGGAUAUAGACACAAGCACAUGUUUACCACCAGUUGCGGUUGCUGGUAAGGGCUCGGCGAGCAAACGGGGUAGGCCGAAAGGGACUAAGAACAAAAAUUCUAAAAGAGGCCAGACAAUCAGCACGAAUACGAGCACAAGCAAAGAUACACGCGUGCAACACAGCACACACGCUAGUAUGGCAACGGAUGAGGGUACUACUGUCACUGUACAGAGAGAGCUUCCUGAGUGUAUGAAGCGGCUGGCGGUGCUAUACCAGUCCAUCGAUCUCGGAUGUGCGUUCCUAAGGAUAGGUGGGCGUGUGCUGUCGUUCAAGAAUGUCAUGGCGGUGGCGGCAGCCAACUGUGGCAUCACCCCCACACACGUGGACCUGGCCCGUCUGUGUGCCAUCGCGCCGAAGUUGAUCAAAGUGUACCACAAUGCGUAUGAGCUCGAGGAUAUAUUCAAGCUGGAGGCAAUGAAGGAGCCGUAUCGCCUGGACACGCGUACAGAGGGGCAGAAACGGGCGGAUGAGACGGCCGCGCUGGCGAGUGAGGGUUUCUUUAGGGAGAAGGGGGCCGCAGCGGACGAUCAGGGAACGAGUCUACCACCUCCAUCAGUCGUUCGGAAGAGCGACUCCAUCAUUGAGAUGAUAGGCAAGGGCUCUAAAGGCCGCAAAAUGCCAACCCCUCGCAUGCUGACGGACCGGCGCAUAGCCUUUGAGCUGCGGGUGCAAUUGUGGUUGGCGAAGUUCGGUACACUUGAUGACACUGCGACAGUAUACGAGGAGGCGUUGUUUGCAACGGUCAACUACGAACACUUUGAAAGCGAGCCCAGCACUCGAUCUACUACUCCGCCAGAUUGCUCACGCGAAGCUCUAGACCGCAACAUCUUCGGCGAUGGCGAUGGUGAAACAAGCGCCGAGUUCCUCGCCCACCUCAAGUCACUGCCAUUCUACCAUGGCCAAAUAGCCCAUGUCGAACACAUCCCUGCCAGAGCUGCGAAAUUCUCCGAAACCGACAUCGACGAAGAUCCCAAUAUAGGCUGGUCCGUGGCCGAUGCAGUCAAGUGUGUGUCGAAGAUUGAACGGCUGUACACUCACCAGGCACACGCCAUUGCUCACUCCAGCGCCGGCAACCACGUAGUCCUCUGCACAUCUACAUCCAGUGGCAAAUCAUUAGCGUACAACAUACCCGUACUGCAGGCAAUAGUAGACGACCCCACGACUAUGGCUCUGUAUCUGUUCCCCACCAAAGCCCUGGCGCAGGAUCAGCAGCGCGCGCUUAAGAAACUCACAGCCCAUGACACUCUAUGCAAUCGUGUCAAGGUGGCAACAUUUGACGGCGAUACAGACAGAGAAACGCGCAGCGUAGUACGAGAGAGCGCUAACAUCAUUCUCAGCAAUCCAGACAUGAUCCACGCCAGCAUCCUGCCCUACCACGACCAAUGGAGCCACUUCCUCUCUCGAUUGAAGUAA